GCCCGCGAAGUAUCCACCCAAGCCCUCGCCACCUCCACAUCUCUCCUGAUCUCCGUGGAAAGAUCUGGAUACAGAGGCGUGCCAGCCGCCAGCACAGACGACAAUGACGUCAUUAUCGUCGCUAUUGUCCUCUCUGUCAUCAUCUUCAUCAUCGUGAUCGUCCUUGUCAUCAGCAUAUGCUACUUCCGACAACGGUACAAGAAGGCGAUUCACCCCGACGGAACCCAGCCUAUAGUCAGGGCUGAUGACGACAGCUCUCGAUCGGACCACGGAACCGUAGACUCGAAAACGGACACACUUCCGAUUCAGGAUCGUCUGCGACGCAUGAACUUGUCGGAGGACGAGCCAAUGAGAGAGGAGGAAGAAAUAGUCACGUGGAUGCCCGUGACGCAGCACAAGGACAUCGUGGACCUGUCAGACGAGGACACGCUACGCUGGAAGAAGCGGAACGGAGCCCCGCCCAAGUCAACAGCCUUAGCCAAUCGUGACUCGGCGUACGAGGAAGGCGACAAAAAGAGCAGCUCGGAAGACUCCCACAGAGACAGGGACUACGCUCCCGAGACGGUCUACGCCGAGGUGGACUCAGCGCCCGAGCCCUCUGAGAGCUUGGGCCGGCCCGGUCACGUGUACAAGAACCAACUGACCGGAGUACCCUCCCACGAGACGGGCGGGGACAGCGGGGUGGAGGAGGCGGACUACGCCACACCACGAGGAGACAGGGCUCGAACCCAGCCCCCGUCUGUCUUCCUCAACAGAGCCUUUAUCAGUGACGAGGAAACAGAGAGGAGAAAGGCCAACAAAAAGAUGAGUAAAGAUAAAAGGAGCAACGAGAAAAGAGGAGGGAAACCGGGUGGUUUUGGAAGCGAUCCGAACAACAAUAACAGCAGCAACAACAACAGAGGAAGCGGGAGUGGCAGCCACACUUAUGGAGAUAACCGAGCGGGCAGAAGCGGCUCAGACAGCAAGAGUAACAGCAGCUCAGACAACAGUGCCGGCAAAUUUCUCAACGAUGACGCGACCACUUUCCAUACUUCCACAACUCACGAUCCCGAGGAGAGCGAAGCCACGGAGUACUGUAUCCCUAUCUCCGAGCGAGCCAGCUACGUGGGCCGGCCGCUGCCCAUACCUGAGGACGUGGAGGAAGGUCGUCUGACCAGCAUACAGCUCCGGCAACAGGAGGAGUCCCGCCCCCUCCCACCCCCCAGGCCCAGGAUAAAGAAACUCUCCGGACUCAUCAUCCAGGACGAUACAGAAGACCCUUACGCCAAAGUGGAGAAGAGAAACCGGAACAAACCGCUACAGCAGCAGUCUUCUGACGCUGACCAAUCAGCGCCCAACAGCAGCCCCGAUCACAGCCCGAGGUCACUGGGGUUGAUGACCUCUAUUCAAGCCCCCGCCAGGAGGAAGCGACCCCGCAGAAGGUCAAGGUCGACGCAGGGUCGCGCGGCGGAGGAGGAUGUCUACGACGGCACCAAGGACUACGAGGAUCUGGAGAUGGACUCCGGCUUCUACACGGACUCCACCAAGAAGAGGAUAAAGAGGUCGACCAGAGUGCCCGUGAUGAAACCCGACCCGAACGACACACGGUACUGGAUCACAGUCACCAACGAUUAACCCUCUCACAGUCUGUCUCGGGAGAGUCCAGGUUUCUUUUGUAGCAUUAUAAAGCAUGUCUGACAGUGAGGAGUUAAUGAAUGGUGAAAGUAACUUGAGAACAUAUAAGAUACGUCACUCGCCAAACAUAAAAGCAUUCUCCUCUAUCUACGCUCAGUGAUAAUAUGGUCGCUUUUAAGGACAAGCGAGCUAAACCAGAUUCCGGGGGUUUCCAGAAAUCUUGACCUAUUUCAAUAACAAAACUGUAAGCUGGAGGGACUGGUGUGAGGACCUACUGAGCGAGGUUCUAAUGUGUUUGACUUUGAUCAUAUCGUCGCUACUGAUUUCUGACAACAAGGUUCUAAUGUGUUUGAUCUUCUGAUUUCUGACUACAAGCUUCUGGUGUCUUUGAUCAUAUCAUGGCUACUGAUUUCUGACAGAGGGGUUCUGAUGUCUUUGAUCAUCUGAUUUCUGACUGCAAGCUUCUGAUGUAUUUGAUCAUAUCAUGUCUGCUGGUUUCUGACAAGCCUGAAAAUUAUUAUGAUGUCAAGAAAAUAUUUUAUUUAUCUUUGUUCGAAUCGGUUGAAUGGUGGCGUCAAGCAUAAAGGGUUCGUAGUUUGUAAGUAUUUGCACGCACAAUAAUCCAGAAGAAGGACAGUAUUUAUUAUUUUCACACCUUCCUGUGUCUUAUCCCUAUCUGAGGUAUGGUGGAGAAUAUUCUGUUGUCGUAAUGGCAUCAUCACGAUUCCCCGUUUACGUCAUUGUUGGUGUGGUAUUUCCAUAGACUUGUAUUAUAACAUCCAAGACUGUGCACUCCGCCGCACUUCCGGCUUACCAUGGAGCGCACAAUCUGACUCGAAUUGGACCCAAAUGAAGGGUGAGGGUCCCUUUACGCGUACAGUUCAUUCAUCCACAAACUGACAGUUCAACCGUCGGACGCUAGAUCUGGGUCAUCGUUAAACUGACAGUUUGUCAACGAGACAAGUUCCAUUCAGACGUACAGUUGGUUUUUUUCGUUAAAGUGUCAGUCCUUGACAAAACACUUA